AGGUAGGGAGUGUCACCCCUCCCACACGCAGACACUAACUCCCUCUCCCUCAGUCAGCUCUCCCUGCUCCCACAAGGCACCAGCAAGACUAACACACACAUGUACACACACCAACCCCCUUCACAGUUUGUCUCUCGCAUCCAAGAAGUGAAGGAAGAGUGUGAAGGAACCAAAUGAAGUGAGAGAAAGAAGUCCGCUCUUUCAACCGAGUUCGCUAUAACCUGUGCUCUGUGUAGUUUGGUUUUCACCCUUGAUAAGAAAGGAGAGAAGAAUAUGUGAAGAAACCAGAGGAAGAAAAGAAAGAAGAGUGUGUUAAGGAACCAGAGAGAGAGAAAAAAGAAAAACUCCAUCCAAGUGUGUCGUUAUUCAUACUAUUGUCUCUCACACACCCAAAAGGAAAGGAGAGAAGAAUAUGUGAAGAAACCAGAGGAAGAAAAGAAAGAAGAGUGUGUUAAGGAACCAGAGAGAGAGAAAAAAGAAAGAAACUCCAUCCAGGUGUUUCAUUAUUCACAUUAUUGUCUCACUCACACACCCAAAAGGAAAGGAAAGAAGAAUAUGUGAAGGAGCCAGAGGAAGAAUAGAAAGAAGAAACCAGAAGAAGCUAAAGAAAGGAGAGAAAUAAACUCCUUCAUCCAAGUUUUUCAGUAUUCACGCUCAACAGUUUACAGUUUUGCUCUCACUCCCAGAAGGAAAGGAAAGAAGAAUAUGUGAAGGAACCAGAGGAAGAAUAGAAAGAAGAAACCAGAAGAAGCUAAAGAAAGGAGAGAAAUAAGCUCCUUCAUCCAAGUUUUUCAGUAUUUACGCUCAACAGUUUACAGUUUUGCUCUCACUCCCAGAAGGAAAGGAAAGAAUAUGUGAAGGAACUAGAGGAAGAAAAGAAGAAAAAAAACCUGAAGUUAAAGAAAGGAGAGAAAUAAACUCCUACAUCCAAGAUUUUCAGCAUUCACAUUCUACAGUCUACACUUUUCCUCUCACUCCAAAAGGAAAAGAAAGAAGUAUAUGUGAAGGAAUUAUAAAAAAACUAAAAAGAAGAAGAGAAACCAACUUUUUUCUCCACAUUUUUAGUCAUUUGUUUUGUCUGGUAGAGUUGCAUAUUGACAGUGUGUGUUAGCACCAGGAAAAAGUGCCUGUUUGUUGACGUUUCACAACCAAAACAGCGACAUGUGUGAAUAAGACAAGGAACUUAUAUUCAGCAUUCAGCAGAGAGAAGAAGGAAGGUGUAGAGACUGGAUAAUUCAUUGCUCACGAUUAACUAUUUGGCAUUGUGAGUGAAACAGCAUUGUGGCUGAGAAGAGAAAAAGGAAAGAAUAUGCACAUGUUCUGAAGUAUAUUGACAAGAGCGACUUCAGGAACUGUGUUGGGUUGAGACUUUGCAGUGCCAGUGAAGGAUUGUAAGAAGUGCUCUGUUUUGAAGAAGUUUGAAGAGAUAUUUAGCAUAUUUCAAAAGUGGCUUCAGGAACUGUGUUGGUUAGAAAAAUUGCAGCACCAGAAGGAUUGAAAGAAGUGGUUUGUUUUGAAGAAGUGUGAAGAGAUACUUAUCACAUUCUAAAAGUUAAGAUGUUUUGAAGUGCAUUGACGAAAGUGACUUCAGAAACUGUGUUGGUUCAAGACUUUGCAACACCAGUGAAGGAUUGAAAGAAGUGGUUUGUUUUGAAGAAGUGUGAAGAGAUACUUAUCACAUUCUAAAAGUUAAGAUGUUUUGAAGUGCAUUGACAAGAGUGACUUCAGAAACUGUGUUGAUUCAAGACUUUGCAACACCAGUGAAGGAUUGGAAGAAGUAUGAAAAGAUACUUAUAAUAUUCUAAAAUCCAAGACUGACCGUUGAAAGGGAAAUCAAUACCAACUAAAUAAAGAGAACUUGCAUAGGAAUGACCAAGAAGUUCAGAAAGUGAUAUUUGAAGAAAAACAAAAACAAAAUUGUGAAGGGUGAUUUCUGACCUCUAAACGUAUCGAAAAAAGAAACUAAGUGACCUUGACCCACAAACCUACUGUAGAGUUUGACCUAAAGCUUGACCUCCAGCACUGCCCUUGCUAUACUCACACAACCUUGACCACUUCCUUCCUCCACUCCACCACCACUGCCAACCUUGACCUUAUUUUUCAUCCCAGCUUUGAAUGACCUGACCAAACUAGCUUCACCUGGAUUUUGACCUUCACUUUCUCUGACCUCACUUCCGUUUCACCCUCAUUUCACUCUGAUUGUUCUUGCUUUGCUGGUUUUGUUUCAGUUUUUACCACUUCUUCCAGUUUCAUUUAGCUUAACUGAGGUUCAUUUUGUCUAUUUACUUUUAACCUAAGAACUCCACCAUCUGUAACUUAACGCUUUUGCAUUUUCAUUUUCCAGCCUUUUCAAUUUCCUUUGAGUUUCUCUCUCCAUCUUUCGCUCUUUUCACUCCAACUUCAAUUCCAGUUUUCAGAUUAAUUUUGUUCAUCCAUUUCAUCUAAGUUCUCUCCAUCUUUAAAUUAAACUCACCCCUUCCUCAACAACUGUAACUUCCACCCUUUUCAUAUUCAUUCCAAAGAUUCAUAUCCAGUUGUCUGCUUUGUCUCAAGUAUAUAGUUUUAAGCUGUCCAUUAGUACCACCAGGGUCUCUCCACUACUUUUGACCCAGAAUUCCACCUUUUGUAACCUCCUGGCUUUUCACAUCCACCCCAAAGCUUCAUAACAGUAUCAUAACAUUAACUUCCUCCUGACACCACCAUCAUCAUCCAGACAGAUAGACUGAUAGAUAGAUUUGCAGCCAAACAUCUACACACACAACAGUCCACCCAAACCCUCAUGAACACAACCACAACAGCCAUGCACCCGAAACACCUCGCCAUGACCUCCACCUCCACAACCGCCGACUUUGACACAGACUUUGACCCAGUGCUCCGCUCACUGCCCUUCCUCUCGGCCGGUACACAGACCAUUGGCUACCGUGUCCGUCUCCGCAUGCGCCACAUCCUGAGGGACGUGGCCGAACUAGCUUAUGAAAGGCCGCAGUUCUUUGCCGAUGUUCCCCCGCCUCCUCUCCUUGUGGGGGCCAAAGAUGGCCCUCCCCCCAUGCCCCCAAUGCCCCCUGGGCCUCCCCCCUGCACCACAAUGGCCAGCCCUGCACCUGCUGCCAGCCAGGGGCCCCCCAACAUGACCAUGGGGGGGAUGAUGGCCCCUCCCCCUCCCCCAGGACCAACAGGGCCUCCAGGACCCCCUCCUCCGCCCCCUGGAGGCCCUGUCAUGCCGGCUGACUACCCUGCAGGAGGUGAGUGGCCCCUAGGAAUGAUGGGACCUGGGCCUAUGGGCAUGGCUCCUGGGAUGGGUCCUGGCCUGGCCCCGGCAAUGAUGGGCCCCAUGCAGCUGGCAGUGAACCCGGCCACCAACGAUGCCCCCUUAGAGUUCAACACCAACAAGAACAAACCACCCAUGCCUGUGUCCUCCAACAAUGGGGAAAUGGUGGAGUCCGGUGGGCCUGAGCCAAUCCUGGUGGAGGACCGGAGAGACCGAGACCGAGACAGGGAUCGAGACAGAGAUCGGGACCACGGGAGGGAGAGAGACCGAGACAGAGAGAGGUCCAGGGGGCGAGACAGGGACAGAGAUCGAGACAGAGAGAGAGACCGGGACAGAGACUCGGACCGUGAUAGGGACCGUGACAGGGACCGGCCAGACCGAGAUCGUGACCGUGACCGCCGCCGCGACCGCCCCCGCAAAGAGAGCAGCGGCGCCGGCAGCAGCAGCGGGCGGAGCAGUGAUGACAAUCUACCUGCUGGGAAUGGCAGCACACCCGUCCAGCCCUUGGAGGCCACCAGCCCGGCUGGGUCUGGGUUUGGCCCCAUGGGCCCUGGCCCUGGACCUUGGGGGCCUAUGUGGGGUCCAGCUGGAGGACCAAUGGGGCCACUAGGACCCAUGGGUCCAAUGGGGGGACCAAUGGGACCCAUGGGAGGACCUAUGGGUCCUAUGGGACCUAUGGGACCAAUGGGGCCCAUGGGACCUCCAACUGAAGGCCCACCAAUGAGUGGUGACUUCCGCAUCACGUGGGGCAUGUUUGGCUGGAUGAUGUCUCCCGACGGCCUCACAGUGCCCAUGAAGAACCCCCUGCACUGCAAGACCUGCGUGCUGGUGCCCCCCAACCGCCUGGCGCCGCCCCCCACCACCAGGGAGAGGCCCCUUGGGUGUCGCACCAUUUUUGUUGGGGGGCUGCCUGAGAACGUGACGGAGGAGAUUGUGCGCGAUGUGUUUGAGCGCUGCGGCGAAAUCACGACAAUCCGCCUCAGCAAAAAGAACUUCUGCCACAUCCGUUACGAGCUGGAGGAGUUUGUGGACAAUGCAAUUUUUCUGUCUGGUUAUCGAAUGCGAAUCAACAACAGCACAGAGGCGGCAAACACUGGGAGGCUGCACGUGGAUUAUGCUCAAGCCCGGGAUGACCAGUAUGAGUGGGAGUGCCGCCAGAGACAGCUUCAGCGGGAACAGAGGCACCGCGAGCGCAUCGAGGCAGAGCGUCUCCGCCCGCCCUCCCCCCCGCCGGUGGUCCACUACUCAGAGCAUGAGGCGACUCUAAUAGCAGACCAGCUCAAAGCAGUGGACGACAGCUUCUCCAAGGCCGCCCAAAUCCUCAUCACAUGGCUGGAGCGCGGCGAUUGCAACAAACGCAAUGCCGGGACCUUCUACGGCAUGAUCCAGUCCACUAACUCACACGUCCGUCGCCUCAUGACCGAGAAGGGGCAGUACGAGGAGGAGCUAGCCAAGUUCCGAGAGCAGACGCGUGCCAGGAUGCAAGGGGUCGUGAUGCAGUUCGGUCAGAUCGAGAGAGUCUUCGUCGCGGCAGGUCACCAGAAGGUCUGGGACCACUUCACCAAGGCACAGAGGCGCAACAUUGAGAUGUGGAAGAAGCAGGCCGAGGAGAUCAAGGAGAUUCAGCUGGAUGAGUCAGACAAGGAGGACGCUGAGGAGAUGGAUGUGUCGGAUGAAGAUGACGUUGGGCAGCCACCCAGGAAGAAGAUGAGGCAAAACGAGUACCUCAAGGAGGAGAAUGACAGCCUGAGGUGCCAGAUGGAGGCCUACAAGAACGAAGUGGACCUGAUCAAGGCCGACCUAAAGGCUGAGGUCAGCAUUCGCGACGACCAGAUCGAAGCCUUCAAGAAAACUCUACAAGGCAUGCAGCAGACACUCUCGGAUAAUGCAGUGAGGAAGCGACAAGAUGAUGCAAAGAUGGCUGAGCUCCAGGCCAAAAUGAAGAAGCUGAGGGAGCAGGUUGGAGGAGGGUCUGAGGGAGGGGAGGAGGAGGGCAAGGAGGAGGUGGAUGAUCUCCUCUCCUCCCUCCCAAGUGCUCCUCUCUCAGACAAGAAUGCCAGGCUCAUAGGCCUGACUUCCACCUUCCUCCACAUACAUCCGAAAGGUGCCAGUGUGGAUUACAUUUGGUCCUUCAUCCAGCAGUUUGACAAGGAGAUCCGCCCAUCAGACAUCGAAGCCAUGCUCAAUCAAUACCCAACAGUCUACAAGCAGAUCACCACAGGAGUCGGGGCGUGUCUGGAGCGCAAGUGGAUAUUCACAGGCUUUGAGAGCACUGUCUAGGGUCCCUCAAGAGUGACUGAAGUCUUGUUUGCAGCAGUUAAGGAGUCACUCAUCAGAUGAAGGGUAAGGGAAGCUGAACCCACAUGCCCAAGCCCACCAGCGUCCAUUUGGGGAUCCCUAGAGGGGCGACGGGGGAGUUAGGGACUAGGGUAUACUUGCCAAUUCAUAGAAAGAAAUUCAGUUAAUGCCCAUAUCACAAAAUCUAUAGUAUAAGUCCAUUGAUCUGAAUUCGAUUAGUCAGAAGAAAAAAAACAUGUUCUAAAUUCAUGUAAAGAGGAAAUUAUAACCCACUCCAUGAAACAAGUCACAGUUGUCCAAAAUCUAGAGGAACUGGAACAGGUUUUUUACUGUACACUGAAAAACUAAGAUGAGGUUUGGCAAUUAAUUAAUGUCAAAAACUUCAUCACUAUUUUUACUACUAAUUUUUCUCUAGUACUUGAAAUCAAUUUUCCAUGAGUGAGUGGGCACAGGGGAUGUUUGCCAAUCUUCACACACCGUUUUAAUAGAGUAUACGAGUAACACAGUCGGUCGGGGGCCACUCCAGGCAAAACAUUGUACAUUAUUCCAUUGUAUUCGAAGCAAAGGUUGUGAGAGGGAUAUUUAAUUGUUCUGAUGGCUCUGCAAUAGUAGCUAAGAUAAGGAUGGCAGAAAUAACUUUAAAGGGAAUGAGAAGAAAGAAAACGAAGGAACAGACAUGCGAGAGAUUCCAAAAGAGGAGUAAUAAAGGAUGUAUAAAAAUGUUGCCAAAAGAUAUAUUUAUUUAUCUUGUUUACAGUUCAAGGGAUUAACAAAAAUACUGCAAAUCACUCUGUAAAAGGAUGGGAAGAGAAAGGACAGCAAUGGUUAAUGUAGGUUGAAAAGGUGUCUAGAUAUUCCCUUUUUGUUGCAUGAAGAGGAAUUAUGAAUCUGGGAGGGAGAAAAACUGUAGGCAUUUUUUAAUUGGUCUGGGAGUAAGAAUUAAUGUAGGCAGCUAUAUCCAUAAGGGAAGAGGAGAAGGGUGAGAUAGAGGAAAAGUAAAAAAGGAGAAGUUAAAAGUAGAAAAAGUCCCUGGCACUGAUAGCAUAAGAGUAAAGCUGAAAUAUGGAGAUGCAGUUGUGGAGUCAUGGUGUGGAUAUAAAAGGGGGUGUAGGGAGGGUGUUGAUAGAGUAAGAGCGGAAAAGCUGAAAUAUGGAGAUGCAGUUGUGGAGUUGUGGUGUGGAUAUAAAAGGGGGUGUAGGGAGGGUGUUGAUAGAGUAAGAGUGGAAAAGCUGAAAUAUGGAGAUGCAGUUGUGGAGUCAUGGUGUGGAUAUAUAAGGGGAUGUAGGGAGGAUAGAUAGAUAGCAAGAGAGUAAAGCUGAAAUAUGAAAAUGAAAUUGUGGGUGUGAGGAUGCUAUGGGUAUGUAAUCUGGCAUAGCAAUAGAGUGACGAGCCAGAAGACUGAGGAAGGCCAUCUCUGUGCCACUGUAGAAAGGAAAAGGGAGUAGGAUUGAUAUUAACAGCUACAGGGUAAUAUGUUUAAUCAGUGUGUCAGGAAAAAGUGUACAGUACAGAAGGAUUUAAAGCGAGAGGAUGAUGAAUAUAAAGAUGAUGCAGAAAUGAUCAUAACUAAAGGGUAAUAUGCAUGCAUACUAAGUGUUUCAGGAUGAUGAAAAUAAAAAAGGGUGUAGGAAUGAUUGAAACAGCUACAGGGGAAUAUGUUUAGUCAAUGUGCCAGGAGACGGAUUUGGUAUAGAAAGAUAUUAAGCAAGAUGACGACGAAAACCAAAAAAAAAAUCUGACUGUGGAAUGAUAUACAGAAAUUCAUAAACCU